AUGUGGCUUCUCGAUACAGAGAAGAUCCAACUUCAGUGGUUUUCUAGUCCUGACGACGUCUCAUACGCAAUCCUCUCGCAUGUUUGGACUGCAUAUGAGCAGACUUUCCAAGAGACUCCUCGCUUUCGCACUUCUGGCACCCGGGGCAUACUCCAUCGGGCGCGCGACCGCGUACUACACCCUCCGUCAGAGAAGAUCCGCAACGCAUGUGCGAAGGCACGGCACGAUGGCUUUCGCUGGCUUUGGGCGGAUACUUGCUGCAUCGACAAGACCAACAGCGCGGAACUCUCUGAGGCCAUUAACUCAAUGUACGCGUGGUAUCAAGGUGCGGCCAUGUGUUACGCGCUGCUGGACGACGUCCCGAACCUGAAGGAGGAGGACCCCCGCAGCCCCGCCUCCUCGUUCCGGAGAAGCAGGUGGCAUAAGCGCGGGUGGACUUUGCAGGAGCUCAUCGCCCCUCACUCCGUCAUCUUCCUCUCUAGAGACUGGGAGGUCAUCGGGUCGAAGCGCACCCUCGCGGACCUCAUCGAAGAGGUGACGGGCAUCGAUCGGCGCGUGCUCAUGCACAAGCGCAAGGUCGAAGAUAUCAGUGUCGCAUGCCGAAUGUCGUGGGCUGCACGAAGGGAGACCAAACGCAUCGAGGAUCAAGCGUACUGUCUCAUGGGCAUCUUCGGGGUCUACAUGCCCACCAUCUACGGAGAAGGCAGACAUGCUUUCAUUAGACUGCAGGAGGAGAUUAUCCGAAAGUCCCCGGACCAGAGCAUCUUCGCCUGGGGA